AUGGACCCCAAAGCCCAUGUCUUUCUCAUCUUCCUCCCUCUUCUCUUCCUUGUCUCCUCGGUCAUCACCUUAGGCAUUGUUGAGAUUCCCGAACCAUUCGAUGAAUUCUCCACCUUCACAAAAUGGACCCCAAAGACCAUCACCAUCCUUGCCAUCGAUAAUUCCGCCAUCUCUCCUCUGUCCUCUCUAUCGGCCGACAUCCUUAAGAAGGUCAUCUCCGUCCUUGUAAUCCUUGACUACUAUGAUCCCUACAAACUCGACCAGCUUCCCAACAACACUGCCCUCCUACCCACACUCUUCCAGGCCUCUGGCCUAGCCACCAACCAGAUGGGGUUCUUGGACUAUACCAAGCUGCCCAGCAUGCAGAUGGUGUUCGGCUCAGCCGCCACCAGGGCACCCCUCAACUCCAAUGUGCUCAAGGUGGUCGCAGCACAGCUUAUGACAUCUCAGUGCUUCAGAUUAGCACUGUCAUCGUUCCACCCAGCAUCAAGAGUUUAA